UCUCUUUUAAGACGGGUCCCUGGGCGGCCGUGCGCCGUGUGCUGGAGGCUGCGCUUUGCAGACGCUCCCUGCUCGGGGUGUGCUAUUGGCAGUGGGGCGGCUCCGACUCCCUGACGCCAGUGAGACCAGAUCAAUCCAGGCGGCCGGGAAGAGAGGAGGAGGAGGGCGCCUCACAUCCCGGGCUGCUGGAGGCAUGCGAGCCGCUCGCUGCAGCGUCCCCCACCGACCAGCGGCGACCCCGUGACUGAGCGUCUGCCUCGGAAGCAGAUGCUGCUGGUCUGCUGGGAACUACAGGCUGUGACUUCUGCGCUGGAAAACCACUUCUAAUUGAGAAGCAAGUAAAGGAAAGACAAAUCUAUUCAUAACUUUGGAACAGGCCGUGUUCUGCUUCACAUCUGUGACCUAUUCUGUGCUAGUCACAAUGAAUGUGACCAGCUUAUUCUCCUUCACUAGCCCUGCAGUGAAGAGGCUGCUUGGCUGGAAACAGGGAGAUGAGGAGGAAAAAUGGGCUGAAAAGGCAGUUGAUGCUUUGGUGAAAAAGCUGAAGAAGAAGAAGGGUGCCAUGGAGGAGUUGGAGAAAGCACUCAGCUGUCCUGGGCAACCCAGUAACUGUGUCACUAUCCCCCGCUCCCUGGAUGGCAGGUUACAAGUCUCUCACCGAAAGGGCCUUCCACAUGUCAUUUACUGUCGAGUGUGGCGCUGGCCAGACUUGCAGAGCCAUCAUGAACUGAAACCCUUGGAGUGCUGCGAGUAUCCGUUUGGCUCUAAACAGAAAGAGGUCUGCAUUAACCCUUACCACUACAAGAGAGUGGAGAGUCCUGUUCUUCCUCCAGUUCUCGUUCCAAGGCAUAGCGAGUAUAACCCACAGCACAGUCUUCUGGCUCAAUUCCGUACCAUGGAGCCCAGUGAGCCACACAUGCCACACAACGCCACUUUUCCAGAUUCUUUCCAGCAGCCAAACAGCCACCCAUUUCCUCAUUCGCCCAACAGCAGUUAUCCAAAUUCUCCUGGCAGUAGCAGUACUUAUCCUCACUCUCCGGCAAGCUCUGACCCUGGAAGUCCUUUCCAGAUCCCAGCGGAUACUCCUCCUCCAGCUUAUAUGCCUCCAGAAGAUCAGAUGACCCAGGACAACUCUCAGCCAAUGGACACAAACAUGAUGGCACCUCCCAUCCCUCAAGAAAUAAACCGAGCCGAUGUUCAAGCUGUUGCUUAUGAGGAGCCAAAACACUGGUGUUCUAUUGUGUAUUAUGAGCUGAACAACCGAGUAGGAGAAGCGUUCCAUGCCUCCUCCACUAGUGUGUUGGUGGAUGGCUUCACUGAUCCUUCAAACAACAGAAACAGAUUUUGCCUGGGGCUCUUGUCCAAUGUUAAUCGCAACUCUACUAUUGAGAACACUAGGCGGCAUAUUGGAAAAGGUGUUCACUUGUACUACGUUGGAGGUGAAGUGUAUGCCGAGUGUCUGAGUGACAGCAGCAUUUUUGUUCAGAGUCGGAAUUGUAAUUAUCACCACGGAUUUCACCCAACCACAGUCUGUAAAAUUCCCAGUGGCUGUAGCCUGAAGAUUUUCAACAACCAGGAGUUUGCCCAGCUUCUGGCCCAGUCUGUGAACCAUGGUUUUGAGACAGUCUAUGAACUAACAAAGAUGUGCACUAUCCGGAUGAGUUUUGUCAAGGGUUGGGGUGCAGAGUAUCAUCGCCAAGAUGUUACUAGCACCCCCUGCUGGAUUGAGAUACACCUGCAUGGCCCACUUCAGUGGCUGGAUAAAGUACUUACUCAGAUGGGUUCUCCCCAUAAUCCCAUCUCCUCUGUCUCCUAAUCGGAAGCGGACAUUUCUGGAUGUUACAGAGCCAUGCAUGUACAGUACUUGAAGGAUAUGCAUCAGACACAUGUACUGGCAAAGGAGGCAAUGUUUUUUUUUUCCAUGUGGGAGCCUCUGAUACUUGAUGUUUGUGACCAACUUUUAACAUGAAAAGGGGAAGAGGGUCCCUAAUGAGACAUGGCAAAACCUUCACAGCAGCUAAUGCUCAAAUUUUUUUUUUUUUUUUUUUUAAGUUUAGAGUUCACGGUAUAGCGUUGUAAUUUAAACCGUGCUGUGUAAAGUAUUAACUGAAGCAGAUUGUCUCCUGGCUGUAUACUAGACAUGAGAUUUUUGUACAAACUGCGUUGUUCUAGAUUGGUGACGAUAUCAGCACUUGGUAUUUCCAUAGUGGGAAUAUUAAAGUAAAAACGUCAUUGGCUUUCAGCUAUUUAAAACACAGUUUAAUAGUAAACUAACUUGUCACUACUUAAAUUGUGUGCUGGCCAAUCUAUCGUAAAGAUGUUAGGCAAUGCUCCUUGCUAUUUGUACAGUGUUUUUAUAUAUAAAUAUAUAUCCUCCUUCCGCUCCCUUUCCUUUCAUUAGGAGGCAUAAAGAAUAGUAAUGAUGAAAUAGGUGGUUUUUGAUGUCUCCAGGAGGCUCAAUAGUGUAAGAAAUGUUAACAUCUGAGCACAUCUUAGAGGGCCUUCUAUAACCAUCUGCCUAUGUCCUGUACCCCUUUCAUUUUAUACUUUCUGCAGUCUGAAUACCUCUCUGCAAAUUGCAGGUCUGGAAAACUGAAUAAAGUGUAAACCUGUUUCCUCUUUGCCGUACCGGCCAAGGUUCCUUGUCUUUUUAAUAAUCUAGCUUAAUGUGCUUCACUGUCUGCUAAAGGACUUGCAAUGUAUUGUCCCUCUUCCAUGUAUUGUAACACAUUUGCAGUGUCCUAGAUCUCCGCUUUAAACUCUAAUGGUAGGGGGACUAAAAUAUUGCACCUCCUCUAGUACCUGACAGUCUAAACAAACUUCUGCUGAGCUUAGAAAUUGGAUUAAUUAGAAAUGACAAAAUCCAAGGUUUACUCACGUGCAGACUUGUUUCCCUUUUUUAUGAUGUUACUUUUUUUGUACAAUUUUGUUUUUCUUUUAUAUUCACAGUUAAGCUGUAGUACUUCUCAUAAGUACUUUUAUUCCAAAUCUAGUGGACAGUCUCUACUAGAAGUUUAAAUAAACUAUUAUUGCUUA